AUGGCGUCCAUCAUCGCCGGCACGUGGUCCUUGAUCUCCUCCUCCGCAGAGGUGAUCUCCAAGGCCCGGGGCAUGACGCUGGGCAUCCACAAGCUGCUGCUGUCCCCGGACCGGGCGGAGCUCAGCGACGCGGACCGCAGGCGGCUGCUGGGCCUGCAGCGCCGGGUGCAGUGCAUGGUGCAGCCAUUGAACUUCCUGCUGCUCUGGUCCAAGCGCCGAGAUCUGCGGGUGCAGCAGGUGGUGCUCAGUGCGCAAGAGCUGCUCUUCGACAUCUACAGCUUCAUCGAGUGCCUCUCCCCUGAAGAUCCCAUGGGUCAAGGUAGGUCCCGGCGCUCGAGCGUGAGCAACGCCACCAAGUCGGAGCAGCUGGAGUUCUUCCUCAGAGAGCUGGACUUCACCUGCAUCUCGGUGAACAUGGCGGUGAGCAUGGAGGCGCGCCCGGUCUGUGGGAACGGACGCGCAACUGGAGCGGGCGUGUCGUUGCUGGCGCUGCUGCGCGCGCACCGAAGGGUCAAGGAGAUGGAGGGCCGUAGCGGCCACCUUUGCGCGAUGGUGGGGUGCCUCUACAGGAAGGCGGAGGCCGCCGCCUGCGACACAUCUUUGCCAGCCCAGUGGGUCCCCGCGCUGUCGCUGGCGACCUUGAAGGUGGUGUCGCGUGAAACCAAAAGCUACGGCGUGGAGGUCGAGAGCCGACUCCCGCUGAGCCAGGACGCUUCCUUCUCGGAGACGGGCGUGGGUUUGAACUCCUUCGCACGCCUGGAGUUCCCCAUCUCUGUGGCGCUCAAGGCGCGGCUGGUCACCACCAGGCGCCUGGAGCUGAACCUCACGGCCGGCGGCCAGGACCUGGCGGUGGACUCCGUGGCCUUGGUAUGGAGCGACGAGGGUCAAAGCUUCACCUUCGUCUUUGACGGCAAAGCCUCGGAGGAGCUCGCGUUGACUCCGCUGGACGCUGCGUACCUAGCCAAGCUGUGCGCAGGGGCCCGCUUCGAUCUGGAUGGCGAAACGGCGGUGUGA